ACGAAAAAAGUUGGUUAAUUACUUUAUAUUAGUUUUUUAUGUUUAAAAGCUUUACACAAUUUUCCAUUAGAAAAAUGAGUAGUGAAAGAAAAGUUAAAGAAACAUUGGCCAUAAAGUUAAGUGGAAAAAAAAUUCCAAAAAGGAUAGAAACGAAAGUCGAACAGGCGGAAAAUAAGUCGCAAUUUUUUAACGAAAUUAAAAAUAAGGAAAAACCUAAUAGAAUCCUCCAAAGUAAAGAAAAGGAAGUGCCGGCUAAAUUGGAGAAACUUAAAAAUAGAUCUUCAACUAUUAAACCAGAGCUGACAAAGAAUGAAUAUUUUAAAGAGGCUACAGUGAAACGUAGUACUCGAAAUCUUAAAAUAGAAUGUAUGGAUGCUACAAAAUCCUCUUUAGAGGUAUUAAAAACAAACCCCCUUAAAGCUCCAAAAAUCUCCAAUAAAACGAAAUCUCCACUUAAAGCAGAGGAUGAACCAUGUAGUAGCAAAAAAAUAAAACAGGAAUUGUCAAAGGAAAGAUGGGAACCCGCUAAUUGGGAAAUAAUGUUGGAAAAUAUACGCAAGAUGCGAUCCAAUGACAAAGCCCCAGUCGACACCAUGGGAUGUCAUAAAUGUGCAGACGAAAAUGCCGAUGAAAAAACACAACGAUUCCAUAAACUAGUAGCUCUUAUGUUAUCCAGUCAAACUAAAGAUGAAACCACCUAUCAUGCCAUGUUGCGUUUGAGAGAACACAAUCUUACACCCGAAGUUAUUUGCAAUAUGAAAGUAAAUGUUUUGGAAAAUAUAUUACAUCCCGUAUCAUUUUACAAGAAUAAAGCUAAGUAUUUACAACAAACCGCCAAAAUACUUGUUGAUAAAUAUAAUUCCGAUAUACCAAAUAAUGUAAAAGAACUGGUGUCCUUACCGGGUGUUGGUCCCAAAAUGGCACACAUUUGCAUGUCAACGGCUUGGCAUAAAGUGACUGGCAUAGGAGUUGAUGUGCAUGUUCAUCGCAUUUCUAAUCGUAUAGGCUGGCUCCCAAAGUCCACGAAAGAACCUGAGCACACGCGUUUAGCUCUGGAAGCUUGGUUACCUCAGCAUUUAUGGAGUGAAGUUAAUCAUUUGUUAGUAGGUUUUGGCCAGACCAUAUGUACACCAGUUAAACCCAAGUGCAGCGAGUGUUUAAAUUGUGAUAUAUGUCCAUCGGCUAUGAAUGUCGUUACAAAAAAGAGGUAACAAUGCCUACAUGCAUAUAGUUCAAAGUAAAAUUCAACAAAUCUAAAA